UAUUGCCUUAAAUUAAAUGGUGUUCUGUAUUUACAUUUUUAGUGUUGGGGCCCUUCACAUCGACAAGAUAAUAUUUAUUUGCAGAUAUUCAGAGCCAAUCAAUAAAGUCGAGUCGAGGGUCGUGUGUCAGAUACCUUGAACUGUAUUGACCUACUAAUGUACAUCUUUGGAAAAUACAAAGAUGUUCAGUAAAUUAAUAUACAGUCUCAUCUAUCUUUAGAGAACAAACACAACAUGUAUAUAAAUAAAACAUUUUAUUUUGUACUCAGGAGGAUCCCACCGAUUGCAGAGUUUUCAUUUUUCACAUUUGGAUAAAACAAAAAUCUUUAAUGUUCUUUAAAAAUCUUCAAAAAGUUCUGUUUUUCGCCUCCGUUGCUCGGAACUAUUAACUAUUCUCAGGUUGCGUCAGUACGUUCACGCGUCAGCAGGGCGCUCUGUUGCACUCUUGUCGGAGCACUUCUAUGUUUCAACUUUUGGUUAAAUCUCGCUCUUUUUAUCCCCUCGAUGAUUUAAUCACCAAGAUGAAAUUGUGUUUCUCACAUGAACAACGUGAACGUCUUUAAAAGCGCAAACCAAUUCAGAACUACUGUUAAAAGAAAGACAAAGAUUUGUUGUGUGUGUGUGUGUGUGGGGGGGCGGCGGCGGCUCCCCCAGGUGUGUCCUUGGAAACAUUGCGUGUCUGGGGAAAGCAGUUGUCUUGGCUGCAGCCUCACAAUCAGUCAGCCAGAGAGGCAGAGAGGACUCGCUCGCUUCGACCUCAGGUAAGAUCCGUUUAAAGUGUUUAAAACGUGAGUCUGCCGACAUGUUUUUAAGACUGAAAACAUGUGAAAAACCGCAGAACUAUUAUAUAUAACUAACCCUAAGUUUAUAACAACCGGCACAAAAUACAGAUGGAUGUCAAAGUGUCUUGUUAUUGCCCUGCAGACGGACCGGUGUUGGGACACACAUGGGGGGCCUUGCAGCUCUCGGCCUGCUGCUGGCGUUCCCUCUGAGCUGCUCCCAGAGCACCCUGCAGUCUGAGCAGAUCGUCGCCCAUCGGGCCCCGGCAGCCCUUCCUCCUCCUCCUCCUCCUCCUCCUCCCCCGCCGCACAUCCACGACCUGCUCAGAAAAGAGGAAACCGCUCAUUUGAACACAAGGCGAACCUACGCCCGUGUAGACAAAGACAACGGCAGGGCGGGUCUGUUCAUCGCCGCCGCCAUGGGAACCUUCGCUCUGAUGGCCGCAGUCUACUGUAUCUACGACAAGUUCUACACCAAACAGCAGUACCUGCACACGCAGCUCAACGACGACUCAGAUUUAACCAUGGACCCCAUGGACCCUCCGCCCGUGUUUUUCUACGCCUCUCCCGGCUCCAGUGCGGUAGAUGUGCAGAGACGUGGUUACGGCUCGCUGUCCGACACCCCGUCCAUCAUCUCUGUGCCCCCCAGCCUGUCCCCCCCUCCCUCUGCCAUGCCCUUCCCUCCCUUCUUCCUCUCCUCUCACUCCCUGAGGACCAUAUCGGCCAGAGACCUGGAGAAGAGCUGUAUCUGACCUUCUGAUUGGAUGUUGUUUAAUAUGCACUUGGUUUUACCAUAUUCAUUGACAGCUUUCGUUUUUGCAGGCAAAUUACUUUGCUCACUAGAAAUUAAGGGACUUUUCCAGAUACUUGCUGCUGAUGGCAGAAGAAGCUCCACCUGCACCUCCCGCCCCAAACAUUUGUCUUUGCAUCUCCACGUAAUGUAAACACCUCCGUCCACAUUUGCAUAGCAACAUUAAACUCCACUCACAUUUAUUUCAUAGACACCAACAUUUCAGUGGUCGUUGAGUAUAUAAAAAAAUAAAAUGUUCCUGUUAUUAAAGAAAUGUUGUCUCGCUCAUUGCAGUCCCUAGUUAAAACCGGAUAUAAUUUUAAUUAUUAAUGUCGUAAAUUAUUGCUAUGUGCAGUUUAAGUGUAAUAAGCCUUCAGUUAGCCGCCAUCGAGAACACAGAUGAGCCGUUUUCUUGUAUUCACACCUGGGAAAUGAAGUUAUGACCAUUGGCCUGUUGCUGUUUACGUUCAAGGACUUUUAUUCCAGACUUGGCUAAUACAGGAUUAAGAUGUUGGAAUUUUAAGAGUUUAAAACAAAUAAAAUUAUUAUGCGUUCAGUAACACUUUCAUCAUAUUGACAGACGACACAUUGCAGUUGAAUAAGAAGGCGAAAUACAUACUUAUGGCUGCAAUGCUUUAUUUUCCGAUUCAUUAAUAUAAUGUAAAUAUUAAACUGACCUUUUGGUCCGUUUCGGACACUUAAAUACAAAGAUAUCUCCAUAUCAGUUGGCCUA